AUGAAAUCACUCAGCAACUGGCAGCCGGAAUACAGUGGCCCCCGCGCCAGAAGCGGCCACAUCAGCCCCCUCUCCGCUCAUCUGACAGCGGCAUCAGGGGAGUUCGUCGGAACUUUUUUGUUUCUAUGGAUCGGCUACUCCGGUCAGACCGUUGUUUUCAGCCGGGCCUCAGCUCAGGCGAUGGAGGGCGGCCUUGGCAGCGAGACUGUCGUCUUCACAGCGCUGGUCUAUGGCCUUUCGCUGCUAGUCAACGCAUGGGCGUUUUACCGGAUAUCGGGCGGGCUGUUCAACCCAGCCGUGUCGCUGGGCCUGACCUUAUCUGGCCAAGUGCCCUGGUUGCGCACAGUCUUCUUGGUUCCUGCGCAGAUCCUCGCAUCGGUGUGCGCGGGAGGGCUCGUCGGCGCGAUGUUCGGGGCUGAUCUAUCGAAAGUAAACACUAUACUCGCUCCUGGCAUAUCGGCCGCGCAGGGGCUUUUCAUCGAGAUGUUCAUGACCGCGCAGCUGGUCUUUGUCAUCCUCAUGCUAGCCGCCGAAAAGUCGAGGGACACCUUUAUUGCACCUCUUGGGAUUGGCCUGGCUCUUUUCAUGGCAGAAUUGACUGGUGUUUACUAUACCGGAGGGUCCCUCAACCCGGCGCGCAGCUUCGGGUGUGCUGUCGCAGGUAGAAGCUUCCCCAGCUAUCAUUGGAUAUACUGGAUUGGGCCAGCGCUAGGAGCGGUGCUGGCUGCUCUCUACUAUCGUUUCGUUAAGUGGGCACAUUAUGAGGAGGCAAAUCCAGGGCAGGAUAGUGACGGGACCCAUGAGCAGGAGGUAGCGUAG